GGGACUCGUAUGACUGCCGUAGUUUCAAUGCUACUUGUAUAUCUGAUUGCAGAAGAGGUCACACCGCAGUAAAGAAGUACUUACGUAUCUUCGUCAUGUCCUUUUUUGAGGACGAUUCGUACUAGAGCGUUGGGUAGAACUGAAAGUAGAACACGAACAACCGAUACUGAAAUAUGAAAUACUUGGACUGUAAUACGAAGGAGUCGGACGUUAAAACAAGUGGAGCGGAAGUCGUCGCAAUGAAUAGGAUACCAGGAGAAAGGUGCCUAGUUUUUAGUUCUAAAUCUAAUCACUGUGUGCGUUGUCUGGUCAUGUACUAGAUUUUUUCAAGAAGAAAUAAUUUCUUUGCAUAGAGGUAGGACUCUGGCUCGAAAGAAAAAUGCACCUGCUCGGAGCGCCAGUGGAUGCAACAGCACUCGUGGACCCGCGGAAGACCGACGACAUUAUUUCGCCGAAGGCAGGAAACAAGGGCUGCAACACCACCAACGCUGAAGGUGCACCAGACCAAGUACUAGAAGCUGCUUCUACCCGUCCACGACAUGCCGGCUUGAACUUGAUGUCGCUGCCGCCUGCUCCGCACGACGAAAAGAUGAACGGCACAUCGGGGAAAGAUGAAGCACCUGGCCUUAUUCUUGCUGCACCCGCGGGUGACGCUUCAUCUACUCGCGCGCAUCAAGCUGAACAGACGCACGUAGUUUGUGUGUUUGUAAACGCUGCAGAAGAUGACUGCGUUGUUCUGAGCGCAAGAAAGCUCUUGGCGACGGCGCCCCCGACGGGCCCGGCCGGGGGGUUGUACAACCCGGCUGCAGCUUUAUCGGGCGACACCACUGUUCUGGCCAAGAAGAUUGAGUGGCUUGGCGAGAAGUUUCCUUUUUGGCGCGUCGUUCAUUCGGUCGAGCAAGAAGGUGUGGCGAAGGAUGUUGCAGAAAGAAUGGCCGCGUCGAACAGUGAGAUGGGCCGGCUCGUUGCGCCGUUCUUAUCCACAACUCGCGCCUGCCGCCCUCCGGACGCAAGUUCAAGUGGUGCAACUUCUUCUUCACCACCCGCUUUUCCCGCUGCAUCAGGGAAGGAAAUAACGUCUCAUGACAAAAGAUCCACGUCCUUUCUAUCCAUAGCUGCGCCCAGCGCUCCUGGAAAAACGGAGAAACCAAACCAUGAGACGCCCACAGGUGGAACACAUGCCCAGCUUCAUACCGUGGCGUCCGUUCAGUCGCUUGACGAACUGGUGGUGGUCUCUGUACCGGAGCAGGACGUAUUUGCGGCCCUGAAAGCCCUGGUGGAGGAGACGACGCGGCCUGCAUUGCGCGUAGGGGCCGGUCUCAGUCCCCGCAGCACUGCGACGGCGACCAGCCGGGCUGCCGCUUUUAUUGCCGCAAAAGAAACGGGCUUCUCCUGGAUGGCGAACAACAAAAAGUCUUCUUCAUCCUCGCGAAAUGUGGAUGACGAAGCUGCACCAGAGAGUGCGGUCGCUCCGCCCCAGAAACGCUUGAAAAUGGAGAAGACGGAGCAGGCUGCGGACGCAAAGAAGACGGCACCAGCUGCUGGAGAAAGUAGGAGUUGUACAGGGGUCGUGCCGGCGCAAAUUGUUUUCCAAAAGGAGGUGGACGGACUCCAUCCGUCUCCCGAGCCUCGGAAGAAUGCGAAAAAUCUGACAAUCGAUACGAACAUUAUUGCCACGGAAGGAAAUAAGGCGAUUUUGCCGAUGGUCGCAGACAGCUCGGGGACGACGACGAAACCGAACGAAAACGUAGACGACGGUGACACCAGCGGGAGUUCUUCGUCCGCCUCCAGUCACAUCGUGGAAAAGAAAGCCCAGCAUCCCGGGAAGCGCAUCGAACUUUCGAUGCGCGAACACAUACCAUUUGAUUUGCUUCCAGCGCAAGUGCAGCAAAGCUUGGUUGCAAAACUAGACGACAACUGGGAAAUACAAGCGGGAUUCAACAAGAACGCGUUCACGAGCGUGCAACACCAGAAGCAAAAUAUUCCGAGCGUGCAAGACCAGACGAGCGGGCAGGAGAGGUUCAGGGAAGAUGCGAAGUCAAUGGAGCUGGCAGCUGCAGUGUCGGGCAGACAUGAAUCAAGCCUGGACCGCCAGCCGAUGAACACAGCUUUCAAACCAGCGCUUUCGACGAUUGCGACCCCUGCACGAACCUUGAUUCUGUUGGAUUGGGAUGACACGGUAUGUCAAAUAAUUUGUUCAUAUUGAUAUGCAUUGAAAGGCCAAUGUAAUGACAUAACUCAUUCUGUUGGUGCGUGUGCAGCUGCUUGCUCUACUUUACGCCUUGUCUACUAUGAUAAUCCUGAUACUGCGUGGCCGGUUCCUGUUGCAACUGUUUGUCCGGUCUUGUUCCUCUCGGAAUGGUUUUCGUUCUUAACGCGCGUGAAAUAAACUAGAAGGAUAAUCAUAAUCAAUAUCAAUAAUCCAUCCACUGUUCUAAAACUCUUACUAGUUGCUCCCCUCCGCAUGGGUUGUGAAGCACAAGAUUCUCCCGGAGGCAGAUUUCCCGUUGCGGGAAAGCGAGAAAGAGCAGCUCCACCUGCUGGCCGACGAGGUGGUUCUGACUUUGCGGGUGUUGAAAUCGCUGGGCCGCGUCGUAUUGGUUACCAACGCAGAGGCGGGAUGGAUCGGGUGCAGUGCGCGCGCGCUCAUGCCCAAGGUGUUCGCCGAGUUGAACGGGGUGCUCCAGAUAAGCGCGCGCUCGAGGUACGAACCCGCGGGCUACCGAAGUCCGUUUGACUGGAAACGAAAAACUUUCGAGGACGAAGUUCGGAAAUACUUUAACCUUGGUGCGGCCUCUACUGCGUCAGCCAGCGCACCGAGGAGCUGUCCUCACGGUGACCGUCAUCUCAUGAAUGUUGUCAGCAUCGGAGACUCCGCCCACGAGCGGGAGGCCCUGAUUGACGUGUGCAAGAAUCUCGACAUCCCGAUCGUUAAGUCGCUGAAGCUCUCGGAGCGCCCGCACCCGCGCCAGCUCCGCAAACAGCACUCAUUUCUGCACCAAUUCUUGCCUCGCGUCGUGCAGUUUCCAGGAUCGCUUGACCUGGUGCUCACUCGUGAUCCUUUGUCCAAAAGCAAAAGUAGCGGCAACGCGAACGCGACAACGCCUGUGGCGCCCGCGAUUCCGUACCUCCAAGGCGCUGCCGCUGGCGCGGCUAGUACUUCGGGGAAGAGCAACACGCCACAAAGCUUAGCAGCGCACAAACGACUAGACACUGGAGAUAGUAGGACAUCGCUGCCGGGAGGACAAGUUACAGGCACCACUACUACGGACUUUCGACAGGCGGACCAAAUCCAGGAUUACGAGCACAAUGCAUUGCUUGCACCAUCUCUCCUGCGGGGCCGCGGUUCUAGUCGACGUAAGAGCACCGCUUCUAGCGUGAGCGACAAAGCCAGGGCUGACGAAGACGCACUAAGAUACGGCCAGUACGCCCGUCAGCAGGUCAUGCGUGCUAACAAGUGA